AUGUAUCCAAAAAAGAACUUCGACAAACCCGACCCAACUUCCCCAUACCAACGUCAAUAUGAAGAGUCAGAGGAAAAUAGACAAAAUUAUGGAUACCCCCCCAGCGCAACCAUGAUAAACCUUACUGGUAACCAAGACCAACGAAUAAACGUAUUGCAACAACUUGGAAUAAACAACAGAAAUGUAAUGCAGUUUUUAAUAAAUAUGUUUAUCUACGUUGCUGCUAUAUUAGUUAGUUUAAAAAUAUGGGACUACAUGUCUUACAGCAAAUGUGAUUAUUACAAAGAUUUAUUAUUAAGAAUUGUAAGAUACCAAUCGCAUAUGAAUGAUGGCAAGAUGGCCUAA